AUGGGAUCCGCCGCCGACGACGACGACAGCUCAUACUGGCAGCGCCUGCACGCGCUCCUGGACACGCAAUGCGACACGCACGAGCAGAUCGACGACUGUCUGCGCUCCUUCCUUGAGCUCUCGACCGACGGCUUUCUCGACACCGAGUACGACAUUGCCCGCUGCUGCUACCGCCUGAUCGAUUCGCCACUUUUCACGCAGAACAAGGACUAUGUGCGCCGCCAAUUCGUCUACUGCCUGCUACAGGUGCGAUCCCACUACGUCCCGACACAUGCCUGCGAGCUUCUCUACGCACCCGUGCUGCACAUUGUCACGGCCGUACUGCUCUACGACGGCCGCAGCGAUGAAGCCGUCUUUGACAUGAUGCAGAUCGAGGGUACCUUUCCCCGUCUGCUCGAGUUGAUCAAGGGCAAUAAGGACGACAGUACUGGCCUACACCGCCUGCUGCUUGAGCUGCUCUGCGACAUGUCCAGGAUACAGCGCCUGUCACUCGAUGACCUCGCUACCGUUGACGACGCCUUUGUCAUCUACCUGUUCGAGCUCAUCGAGGAGCUGUCCAACGACGCCAAUGACCCCUAUCACUAUCCCACAAUCCGCGUCCUGCUCAUACUUAACGAACAAUACAUGUGCUACGCUGUCUCGCCAGAGUCGCACCCCACUCUGACCAACCGCAUCAUCAAAGUUCUCUCCAACCACGGCCCUGCCUACCGUACCUUUGGCGAGAACCUCAUAUUGCUUUUGAAUCGCGAGUCCGCCCUUGGUCCCCAGUUGUUGAUCCUCAAGCUUCUCUAUCUCUUGUUCACCACCCCUUCCACCUUCGAGUAUUUUUACACAAACGACUUGCAUGUUCUCGUCGACGUCAUCAUCCGCAACCUCCUCGAUCUAGACCCUGGGUCUGACGACGAUGAUCAAUCCGACUUGCCUCGGGAUGGCGGUGGCCAGCGAGCUCUCCGUCACACAUACCUGCGCGUCUUGUGUCCGCUCUUGAAGAAUACACAACUGGCCCACGACAAUGCUCACUACAAACGUGAAGAGCUACGCAAACUUUUCUGCUUGCUGGUCAACAGAUCCUCGUUUCAUUUCGCUCCCGUCGAUGAGACCGUCGUGCGCUUGGUCUCACGCUGCAAACAAGUCGCAUGGAUAAGAGACGAAUCAGACCAUGAGGACCCAAUCAGCCCCCCUACUGAUGCUCAUGUAGCCAAGCGCUUACUGGGAAUGAACCUGGCCGAGGCGGGCGAAAGUAGUCUGAGCGUCUUAGAGGUCACUGCCAAAGUCGAGAAGGAAAAGCCCAUGGUGCCCGCUCCACGAAGGCGGAAGAGGCUGCAGCAGCAACAAUCAAAGGAGACGGUCCUGUUGCGAGUUUCGCCUGCCAGUGCGCACACCGGCGACAGAAGCCCCUUUGAUGAUGAUAAUGAUGAAGAGUGA